GCGUUGAUAUGUUUUGUCUUCCGGAAGAUGCAGGUAGGAGAGAUGGGGAGGUUGGAGAUAAAGGAAACAUUCUUCAUCUCGCAUGGAUCGCCGACGCUGUCGAUCGACGAAUCAUUGCCGGCUAGGCGUUUCCUGAAAUCAUUUAGGGAGAAGGUGUACGGAUCAGCUGCACCCACCGCCAUCCUCAUCAUCUCCGGCCAUUGGGAGACCUCCCACCCCGCCGUCACCGCCGUCUCCGGCCCCUCCCCCACCAUCUACGAUUUCUACGGCUUCCCCGCCGAGAUGUACCAGCUCAAGUACCCGGCUCCUGGAGCUCCAGAAUUGGCAGAGAGGGUGAAGGAAAUACUAAAUGCAAGUGGGUUGGUGCGGGUGGAUGUGGACAAGAAGCGAGGGCUUGACCAUGGCGCUUGGGUUCCACUGAUGCUUAUGUAUCCAGGGGCAGAUAUUCCAGUAUGCCAGCUCUCCAUUCAGACCCACAAAGACGCCACUUACCAUUACAAUCUGGGCAGAGCCUUGGCCCCUCUCAAGGAUGAAGGCGUCCUCAUUCUUGGUUCUGGGGCUACCACUCACAACCUCAGUAAGCUCCGCGCUUCCAGGGGUCAUGUCUCAUCUGUUGUUGAUUCCUGGGCUUUGGAUUUCGACUCCUGGCUCAAAGAUGCCCUUCUCUCUGGAAGGUUUGAGGAUGUGAACGAGUAUGAAGAGAAGGCACCAUAUGGAAAAGUGGCCCACCCGAGGCCUGACCAUUUCUACCCAUUGCAUGUGGCCAUGGGUGCCGCCGGCCAAAAUGCCAAAGCUGAACUUGUCCACCAGAGCUGGGGCUUGGGCACACUUUCUUAUUCCUCUUACAAGUUCACCGCAACCUAAUUCACUAUCUAAAUACAAACUGUUCCAAAUUACUGGAUCUCUGCAUCAACUUCUUUGGUUUGCUUUAUGUUUGAUGUUCGAACUUGAUCAAUUUGAGUUCAUAUCCAAAUAUCACUUUGGUUUGCUUUUGC